CAACAGUCAUGUCAUUGAAGUGGCUCUUGCUCGUUGCCCUGGUGGCACUGCUCAGCAUUGGAACUGGCACCUCGGCCAAGCCCAGGAGGACCACCAUCCAGGCCAGACCUAGUCCGGAGCAGCUGAGUCUCCUCCAGCGCCUGAAUGCCAGGUAUUAUGCCGUCCAGCAGGACGAAGAGGAUGGCGAUGACAUUAAGGAGCACGAAGAGGAUCUGGCCAACGACGCCGACGAGGAUGAGGACGAGGAGGAAGGCAACGAUGCCAGGGACGAGGCGGAGGAAGGCGAUGAGGACGAGGUGAUACAAAAUCUGGAUAACAAAAAGCUAACCUCUAACACCGCAUACCCCAAGACAAAGACUGGAUUGAAGCACCAGCAAGCGGUGGAGGAGCAGGAGCAGGAGGAGGAGCCCACCGAUGAAGUCCAGGAUCUCGUGGAGCCCCAGCAGGAACUCGAACAGAAAAGUGAGCUGUCCCGGGCUGAGCCAGUUAAUCGCAGGCGCGGCGGAAGGCGGAACGGACGGAAGGGGCGUGGCCGCAAGAACCGCAGGGGGGGCAAUCGCCGGUGCGGGGCCAAGGGAAGGCGCGGUCGUCGUGGCCAACGCAAACGCACUCCAUCAAAGCGCAGCGGCAACAAGCGGCGAACGGGCAACAAGAACAAACGCCAGGGCCAGAAAAACAAAGCAGCCGCCAUCAAGACGACUGCAGCGCCAGCCACCAAGGUGGCCUAAAGCGUUAAGUACCCCCACCUCUGAAUGCAGCUUUACAACUCGUUUAAACAGCAGCCAAACUUACAAUAAAUAAACAAAAACCACAUAC